AUGUCUGAUCCGUACUAUCAACACUCCUGUCCUCCACAACCGGGAUAUCCCCCCAGCGGUGGUCAAUAUCAUGACCCUGCCCAGGCUCAGCAGCCACCAUACGGCUAUGCAUCGCAGCCCCCUCAGGAUCCAAAUACUGGCUACCAACAUCCCCAAGGCUCUUAUCAACCUCCCGUUCCAUACCAGGGCGGCGGCGCGACUGAGGGUUUUGGACCACCGCGGCGCCAGGACUCGUUUGGUCCCCCGACCGUCGGUGGUUUCCAGCAUGGAUACGAAGGUGGCCAGUUUGGGGCCUAUAAUGCCAGUAAUCCACAAGAUACUCGAGGAUACUCUCCGUCGCCAUCACCGCACCCCCAACCGCCGCAAUAUGACCCAAACAACCCCCAACAUCAGCAGCCACCACCGCCCCCAGCAGGUGAAAGUGCGCCGGCGGACCCAAAUGCUCCUGAGGGAGAGCGCGGCCUAGGAAGCUCUCUUCUUGGAGGCGCCGCUGGGUACUAUAUUGGUCACAAACACAAUCAUGGGUUACUUGGAGCAGUGGGCGGCGCUCUGCUGGGCAACUUCAUUGGUGAUAAGCUCGAGAAGAAACACCAUGAGCAUGGCCAUGGACAUCACCACAAACACCACCAUAGUCACCAUAGCCACCAUCAUCACCACAGUUCCCAUAGUUCCCACCAUGGAGGUAGCAGCCAUGGGGACAGCUCUUGGGGCAAGCAUGCGACAAACCUGGACUUUCUGAAUGGCGAUACUUUAAUCUCCAUUAUACAGCUUUCCAGAGAGUUAUACAUUUACAUAUUACAAUUUACGCGAUGGCCACUCGACUUCUUAAUAAGAUCGCAACUCCAAGAAAUUCCAUGUAAUGCUGUCAUAUCUAGCCGCCGGGACUGGAAAGCGCAACAUUUGCUGUUUCAUGUUGUCAGACCAGUUCCACUCGCAGGCACGAAUGGUUCGUCCCAAUUUUAA